UUUGUAUAACCAGCAGUACAGUAAAUUCGAGACCAUUGCGCUGCUGCACUGAUAAUAGCAGCACAGGUCUUUGUAGUGAUAUGACUCAAGGGAUCAAUUUCAAAUGGUCCCUUCUUGAUUUAACAGCAUAACCUGAGUAAAACUGUGGAAGGGGCGGCGCACAACAAGCGGACACUGACAGCGUCAUCCGUCCUCACGUAACGAGGGCUCGUGGCUAUAAAGACAGCUUGCGCUCCAUUUUAGCGUUUUUUUUUCCUCACGCAACUGAGUAGUAACGCCGGGUUAUUACCACGUUUUUUUUAUACUUAAGGCAGGGAUCAGUCAGACUAGUUUUUAGUUCGCUAACAGUUCUUAGCGUAAUUGAAACUGCAUAAUGUCUGAUAAGAUGGAUAUGUCUCUAGACGACAUCAUCAAGCAGAACAGGCAGCAGAGAGGGGGCGCAGGAGGCCGUGGUGGUGGAAGAGGCCGUGGCCGGGGAGGCUCUGGCGUGGGCCGAGGUGGUGGUGUUGGCCGUGGAGCAGCUGGUGGAGGCUUUGGGGGCCGAGGUGGAGGAUCAGGCCCCAUGAGGAACCGACCGAACCUGAGCCGUGGCAGAGCAAGACCUACGCCAUACAGCAGGCCCAAGCAGAUUCCUGAUAAAUGGCAACACGACAUGUACGGCAAUCAUGGCUUCAAUGCCAGUGUUGGGGGUGGCGCUGGUGUGGAAACCGGAGGGAAGCUUCUUGUCUCCAAUCUCGACUUUGGCGUUUCAGACGCAGAUAUUCAGGAGCUCUUUGCGGAGUUUGGUACACUGAAGAAGGCAGCUGUUCACUAUGACCGGUCGGGCAGGAGCUUAGGCACUGCAGAUGUCCACUUUGAGAGGAAGGCAGAUGCUCUAAAAGCUAUGAAACAGUACAACGGUGUACCACUUGAUGGGCGUCCCAUGAACAUACAACUUGUCACAUCACAGAUCGACACACAAAGACGACCACCCAUGCAGGGUAUGAACCGAGGAGGUGGUGGCAUGAACAGGGGUCGUGGUGGUGGGUUUAGAGGGAUGCAGAGAGGACGUGGAGCAGGUCGUGGAGGAGGCAGGGGCCGAGGUGGCCGCGGGGGAAGCACUAAGCCACUUUCCGCUGAAGAGCUGGAUGCCCAGCUAGAUGCCUACAAUGCCAGGAUGGAAACAAGCUAAGAGCCUAGGUGAAUCCUCCAGGCUGCAUUACACUCCAGGCUGAACAUGAGGACAGUCGCUGUUGUUACAGCGUUGAAGAUGCAGGACAUUUUACACUUGGAUGUCUUCUGGUGUGAUUUAAAUUUGUAUCAAUCCUUUUAAAUUCUGUUUUUUUUUUACCAAUUUUUGUUUUUUGGAAAAAAAAUAUUGGUUUUGACUGUAGGUUUAAGGGGGUGAGUGGGGCUUUCCUUGCUGCUCUGAUUCCUUUCCCCGUAGAUCAUUGUAAUAAACCCUGCAGUACAAAUUAACCAUACUCUGACUGAUUCGUUUUUUUGUUUUUGUUGUCACGUGCUCAAGUACAGAGAAAUCCCUUGCAUUGUUGGGAGGCCUGCAAGUAAGGGUUUCAUAUUGUUUACAAAGUAUGUGACAAUUAAAAUACAACUUGAUUGCUCGUUCACAACAACGCAGUGAUCAAUAUCGGUAGUACUAUAAAGUACAACAAAGGUAUAAGCACACAAAGGUCAGCUUUCUACAGGUUUAGUGCCAAUACUAUAUUUACAAUGUGCAGGGAAUGAGAUAUUUGUGGUAGAGGUAGAUAUGUAGAGUUAAGGUAAUUAGGCAUCGGGGUAUAUGAUAAACAGCAGCAGAAGUGCAUGUCGGGUCAGUGUGAGCAAGUAGUGUGCAUGGAGCAAAAAUAAGGGGCAAUGAAGAUGGUCAGUAAGGGCCUAUGCCAAAUGUCUCUGGUUCCACACAUUGUAACAGCCGGACACUGAAAGUACUGAGGUUGUCAUGCACAUCUUAGCUGAAGUACACUGCACCCAACGGUGCAAUAGGACAUGGGAAAAUGUCGAAAAAAAAGGUGUCAUAUUUGGCGACGUAAACUAUCCUGUCGUUUUACUAGAAUUAGACCAAAUUUAACGCAACUGCGACCCAUUUGAUUCGCCCAGAUCCAAAGGAUGUAUAAGUGACUGCAUUACCUAGGCUAAACCACUAGAUGGCCACAGUCCAUUGCUUUGCUAAGGCUACUUUGUCUGUUUUGCAGUCUGUCCAUUACUGAUGUUUAAAAACAUGGUCUGUUACUCCAUGUACUUGAUAAGGUCAUUCCUGUCCCGUCUGGGAUCUCAAAUGACGUGGUUGUUUAGCGCAAUUACAAUACAGUACGAAAAUUCGCAAUUUACUAUACGUGUAUUCUAGUCUACAAAUACAUUCGCGAGUUUAUGGUAACGAGCAUUUACCUGACUAGUGCACUUUACACCAGGCUUGUUGCUGAGCGCCCGCCUACGUUCGGACAGCCUUUGUAGUGCGAGUCAAUAUUCCCGGAAGCGUGCUGUGCGUUUGAUUUGAGCUGCUCCCUCCUCGCCAUUCAGUUGCGCGUACUCCAGUGUAGCAGCAGCAGCAUAACGAAAGCCUCCAUCAACCACAACGUCUUUAGCCAUUUUCAUCAACUCGGGAGGCGUGUCUCGCCCUUGUUCAAUUUGGUAAUGAAGACCCUUGAAUCUGUAGAAGACACCAAAGAGUAGACUAUGGCAGAGCAGGAUCCCACCCCGGAGCAGCUGGCGGCCAUCGCAGCGGCCAACGAGGAAGCGGAGGGCGGGGUCAACUACAAGCCCCCCGCUCAGAAGAGUCUGCAGGAGAUCCAGGAGCUGGACAAGGACGACGAGAGCCUGCGCAAGUACAAGGAGGCCCUGCUGGGGAACGCCUCCGCGGCUGCAGACCCCAACGCUCCCAAUGUCCAGGUGACACGCUUGACCCUGAUGUGUGAGACGGCGCCGCUGCCCCUGACCCUUGACCUACAGGGUGAGUAGAGCAGCACUGUGGUUGUACUGGUAUUUAGAGGGCGUGUUUCUGAAUAUGCUGAGGUGCACUUUUUGAGAAAAGGCUCCAUAUUGAAAGACUUGUAAUGUGUUUUAGUGUGAAAAGAAGCCUUUUUAGUGAGCACAUGUAAUAUUUUCCAUAUGAAUGUGUGAGGGUGGAACUAAAGCUUACCAUUGGGGGGGACAAAAGACAUUGCCUCAUAGCAGCCGCAACACCUGGCCACCUAUGGUUUACAAACAUACGUUUUCCAGUAGACAUAUCAGACUAAUUCCAUGGGCCAUUCCUAAUGGAUUGGUUUUUAUUAUUUGAGUUAAUGAGGAUUUCUUCUGCUGGUUUGAGACUCUUCUGCCCUCAUAUGGCCUGUAGAGCCACCUACAGGGAAGAAACCAGGGCCAUGGAGCUGAACUCACAUACAGGGAAGCGCCAUCUAGUGGACACUAUAAUUGCAGGCUACAACUCUGUUGGAACACUCCCUGUGUGCUCGCAUUUGUAAAGAUGCUGAAUCACUGAUCUGACACCUUUCACCCAUCCAGUCUAACACGAUUACUUCCAGGGGAGAACUUUUGUACAUUGCAUAUAUUGGAACACAAUUAUAGACUGCUCCUGCAUUCACUCUGCAUGAGGGUCUCUGACAUUCUCUUUCUGUGGUCUGGCCGCCUCUUUCUUUCUGCUCGACUGCCUCAGGAGACCUGGAGUCCUUUAAGAAACAGUCUUUUGUCCUGAAGGAAGGCGUGGAGUACAAGAUAAAGAUCAGCUUCAAGGUCAACAAGGAGAUUGUGUCGGGACUGAAGUAUGCCCAGCAGACCUACAGGAAAGGAGUCAAGGUUGACAAGUCAGACUACAUGGUGGGGAGCUACGGGCCGCGGCCGGCAGAGUAUGAGUUCCUGACCCCUCUGGAGGAAGCUCCUAAAGGCAUGCUGGCCCGCGGCACCUACAACAUCAAGUCCAAGUUCACCGAUGACGAUAAGCACGACCACCUCUCCUGGGAGUGGAACCUUAACAUCAAGAAAGAGUGGAAAGACUGAGUCCCCGUCAACUUAAUUCCCCCAUUUUCCCCCUCCAUUAUUUUACAUUCAUAAUUAUGUGAUAAGUAAUUAAGGCAAAUUGCUCUCUCGUCCACCCCAAUCCCUGCAGUAGUUUCAUUCCAAUCACGUUGUCAUGCCCCCCCCCCCCCCCCCCCCCCCCCCACACACUCCUUGUGAUGCUGAGUAUUGAAUAUGUGGAGAAGCAAAUCAUGUGCACAAUCAUGAAUUUGUUUUGGUUAGUUUGUAUAUAACCUUUUUCUUUUAAUGAAAAAAAUGAAAGAUUGAUUUGUUAAUGCUCUUGAUAUGGAUGUCAAUCAACUGUGUGAAUUCCAUCCUUUCCCCUUCAUCCCUUCCUGCUGAUUGUUUUAUACAACCAUGAUCUGCCUUGUAAAGGUGUUGCUGUGUGUUAAAGGCUGUGGUAGGUCCACACUCUGUACUCUUUGUUGGGGACGUUGCCCUCUGUCAGUGGAAAGCCUUUGAGCAGAUUAUAUGUACCAGAGUCCACACAAUUAGUUUAUUCUGGAACUAGUGUGAAUUCCUAACCGUUAAGAGGUGGCAUGACCAGCACUUACCGGCAGUCCACCAGAGGCACUGUGACCACCUGCUGAAGGUGCAAGUGUGCCUCUUCCUGGUCAGGGUUUUCACCUCCCUACCUAGUUCAUUCAGCAGCCAUGUGGCCUUAAAGAGGAUUCCUAUAGAACUAACGAUGAAGGAAAUGAUCACAAAGAGCCAUUUGCCUUUAGAACAGAACUGUCAGAUUGUUACGAGAGCCUCCUACAGGGUUUGAGUAAAAGAGUUUUAGGCUGAGUGCAGGUGCGAACAGAUGAUCAGACAGACCAUUGAGAUGCUUGUACCUUCUUUCCAGAUUAGCCAGUAGAAGUAGACCAUGAAAGAACAGCAGACAUCUCUGCUCCCUUCCCUCCUCACCGCAUCAGGUGGUCUCAAUGUGGACCACCUUUAGUGCUGUUUGCUGAUGUGAAUGUGUUUACAUUGAUAUAAAGAACCUGGUUUUGUUGACAACUAAGAAGUGAGCUUCUUGUCAAAUGCCCUCUAAGCAGACCAUGAGGCCUUCUUCCAGUCACUAACUCCAUUAGUGUAGCGUCUCAUAUGGGGCCUUGCUGGUGGCCCUUGUGAGCAGAGAGGAAUGUCACACAAGGGUUGUUAAUCCGCUCACCUCGAGUAUGAAUCAACUCCAGGAUUACCAAAACUGGCUGUGCCUCUAGCCUUUACAACCACCAGCUUCUCUCUGCUAAGGUCAGACAUUCAGAAUGGGAACUCAACAUCAAAUAGUUUUGAACUUUGGGCCUGAUGUUUUAGGUCAGGUCUAAGUUGUGCGCAGACCCAGAGUUAAGUAGAACGAGAACAGCCAAGACCUCUUAAUACAAAACCGUGUUAUAUUUUUCUACACUCCAUUAAUCAAUGUCAUAACUUGUGAUGUAGGGCUCAGGCUUUGUUUGGUUUCAAUGGUUCAGUAUGUGUCACUGGAUCAUUGUUUCAGUAUGGUUUUGAUUCUGUGUGCCACCUGGAGAACACUGUUCACCUGUCACAUUAAAGUCUUCAGACUGGA